AUGGACCUGAAGUCGAUGCUAAACGAUUCCUCGACCCAGCGACACCAACACCACCCUCAACCUCAACCGCACCCUCCGCCGCGACUUCACACACCACAAUCGUCCUACGAACACACUCCGUCGUCGUACGAGUCUCAUGCUCCUCUCGAGCGCCCAUCGCUGCCAUCCUCCUCCUCGUCAUAUCACCACCAGCCGCCGCCGCUGUCAAAUGAAUACCGCACCUCUGCCAACGGCUCCUAUUUUGCGGUGCAAUCACCACCACAAAAUUCAGCCUCCGCCUCUGCGUCGACGCCAAGCGCAACCGGGCAGUCCUUUUACGCGCAGAGCCCGGGGCCGCAUGGACAGAUACACACGCCGCGUGAAGGGAUUCCGCCUUCACAUCUGUAUCAGUCUCCCUUUGUUCCCUCGCCGUCCCCGUCGGCCCCUUACCCUCCGACCCCAGGAUCCGUCCACCUCUAUCAGACUGCCACGCCUUCGUCGGCGACCACAUAUCAUCAGUCCAGCGCACACCCUUCCCUGAGCGCCCAGUCGCCCACACUUCGAGACGACUACAUUUCUGCAAACGGCCUUGCGCACGCACAACAGAGACACGUGUCCCCCCAGGCUCAAUUUCACCCUCCUCCCGUCACUCCUCUCGGUCCGCCCGUCACGUAUCCUCGUCCGUCCCCUCACCCUCAUCGCCCGACGUCCCAUGGCCAUGAGAGCGUGAGAAGAUCGUCCGUCGGUUCGGUUGGCUCGGCGCAGAGCAGGGAAUAUAAUCAACCGCCAUACCCGCAGGCGGAUCAUUCUAGGAGCACGAGUGGGAGCAUACAAAGAACUUAUUCUGGGGACUUGCGGGAACGCGAACGGAGCAUCGAGAGUGUCAGUCCCAAGACGAUUCCCAAACCUCCUCCAGGUCGUCAGCAGAGCGUUGGCCGGUACCAGGAGCCCAUGUCAGACCCGUAUCCCAUCGCUCAGCCGCCGCGGGCGUCCAAUUCCAACUCCGUCCCAAACGCUCAAUUUCACACCACCCCAGAUCGGGUUGUCGAUAAUCAAAGUCAUGAAACGACGCCCAAGUCUUUUUCGACGUCAAACGAGCCCAAAACCGGGGCCUCAUUUCUAAAUUCCCGCCCAAGUCCUGGCCCAGCGGCACCCAACCACCAGAACUUGACACCUCAGCUCACCCACUCGUCCCUACCUGCACAGCGGAGUUCUCCAAUCGACACCCACCCCCAGCCUUCGUUGAAGCGAACUGCAAGUAAUCUGUCUGAUGCUGCAACGACGCCGUUCCCCCCCACAAAAAGACCCCGGCGAGACGAGAUCCCAAUAUGGGCCCGGAGCGCCCGUCGCAAUCUGCCUUUGAAAUUCGGGGAGCCGGUUCGCUUGAGCCCAUCACGGCCCAGGACACCCAGGUCCCCUAGGACUCCCGGGAACGAUGUCCCGGUGAAGAAGGAAUCCGUGGGUUCACAGGUCGUGAAUGGCCAAGUGCAACAUCACGCGGCCACACCGCCAGGCGAGCCUCGGUGGGAGCCUUCUAUUACGGGUAAUCCAGCAUACGAUGAUCUCACCAGGCACGUCUGUGAUUGGAUCUAUUUCGUUAUCGGCAAUGCUGAACCCCCGGCUGGCGGAGCCGUGUUUGAGGUCGAAGCCAAGGUUGGCGUCAUCUUUGACGAGCAGGCGAGCAAUCGGCUGAAUCUACCUGUGGACACGGAGACCGUCUUCAGCCGAGAAAAAUUCAGGGGGAGGACGAGUUUCAAGAGUUCCAUGAAUAUGGCUCAGCACCAGGCCAUGAAUAAAUUCCUCAACCAUUUCGUCUUCGAGUCGUAUCGGGUGUCGCAGGUUUCUGGAGAACCCCCCCGGGUUGAUUACAAACAUCCUCAUGAGUACGACGAAUUCUACGAGCUGACAGAAGAGGGUCGAAGAAACCUGCCGCCAUCAAUAAUGACAUGGCUCAAUCCUCGACACACGCCUCGAGUGCGGAGGACGAUCGACGAGAAAACGAACACCGUCAAGGCACAGAUCAUAAAGUCGCGGAUUGCAGACCUGGAAGUCUACAACCCUCGGGCUGAUUUCGACUACCGUAUCUCAAUCUCGAUUGAGAGUCCCUGGGAGGGAGAUCCACAUUGGCUGACCGAGAUGACCGAAGGCGGGCGCGAUAGAAAGAAGGACAGGAUGAGCUAUAGGCACUUGGCAUAUCAGAUUGAUCUGACUCAAGUGAGUUAUCCCAACACGACAGUGAAGGAACACGAGUUGGAGGUGGAAAUCAGCACAGAUCAAAUCCGGAUUGAACUGGCCAACCUGAAAGCCGGUGAAUCUAACAGGUACGAAAAGCUAGUCGGAGGUUUCGUGGACAAUGUCCGGAUUCUGUGUCGGGAGGGGACGAUUCCACGGCAGACCAAGUAA